CCUCCUGCACUCCCGCCUCUGCUGGACACCUGCAGCGGCCUGGACCCGGGCCAGGACCCCUGGACCGGCCGCGCCUCCCCGGGGCUGCACGGACACACCCCCCUCCCGGCCGGCGCCUCUGCCCAUCCAAUCAUCACUCCCCUGGGUUCCCUUUCAGCCCAGCGCCUGGUUUUCUUUCUGACCUUGCACCCUAAAGAACCUCAAGGGAGGGGGCGCAUCAUAAUUAAAUAGGAGGCCGGGUUUGCAGACUUUUGGGGUGGAUGCACGCACAUUCGCCUUUUCAAGAGCCUAGUACAAAUUUGACUAAUCAAUCGAGUUCCUUGCUCCGUCGAACGUGCUGUCUUUUACCGUCCCAUUGACGUCCAAGGACAUUAAGUAGGGGGCCCUCGGAAGCUCCUCUGGGCCCUGACUUGGAGCUCGACCUGUUGGAUCAUGGCUACAGUCCUGAGCCCUCAGAUGGACGUGGAAGUUGAGGAGUGCCUCAUAAUGAAAGUGGAGAGGGACUCUGAGUGGGCAUCGGAGCCCAUUCUAAAAGGAUCAGGCAGCCCCGAAUGUGAGUCCUUUCGUAAGUGCUUCAGGCAGUUCUCUUAUGAGGACGUGACAGGACCCCACGAAGCUUUCAGUAAACUCUGGGAACUCUGCUGCCGGUGGCUGAAGCCAGAAAUGCGUUCCAAGGAGCAGAUCCUCGAGCAGCUGGUAAUUGAGCAGUUUCUCACCAUUCUGCCGGAGAAGAUUCAGGCUUGGGCACAGAAGCAGUGUCCAGAGAGUGGAGAGGAAGCUGUGGCCCUAGUAGUGCAUUUGGAGAAAGAGACCGGAAGACUGCGAAAGCAGGUCAGUAGUCCCCUACAUACAGAGAAGCAAGCCCCACUUGGAACUAUGUGGGAAGUAGCUGACUUUGAGCCAGAGCAGCUGGAGACCCAGCGCAGGGUUGUUUCUCGGGAGAAAGCUGAAAGCGUCCACUCAGGACACCAGGAACAGCCGAACCAAAAAAGAGAGCAUAGGCUGUUACCUAAGAAUGCUCGCUCUUCUCUCUGGGUUCCUGUCCCAAGUGAUGAGUGGAACACAGUAGACCAGGAGUUGACAGCCGAGUCACUGGUGUUAGUAUUGUUACAGGAACCAGUAAAAGAUGUCCACACAGUGAGAAGCCUUUCCUACAAAAAGAGUGUGCAUCAAGUUCCUACUCACAGAGAUCUCUACCACGAAAUCAGGAAGGAAAAUGCAGGGAGCGUGGCUUCCCUAGGAGGCACUGUGACUACAUCUAACAAGGUAGCUCAGUUGGAACAAAAAAAGGAACGAUGGACUGUAGGUCUACAUUCCUCAAAUAAGAGGAAUAGUGUCCUGCAAAGCAACUACAUCAAAGAGAAACCAGUGCGUGCUGUUCAGACCCCAGCAAGGAAUGCAGGGAAAGUAUGGCGAGAGCAGCAACAGUGGGGUUUAGAAGAUGAAAAAAUUGCAGGUGUGCACUGGAGCUAUGAGGAAACCAAGACUUUUCUUGCAAUACUUAAGGAAUCUCGCUUUUAUGAAACACUCCAGGCUUGCCCCCGAAACAGCCAGGUAUAUGGUGCUGUGGCUGAAUGGUUGAGAGAAUGUGGCUUCCUCCGAACACCAGAACAGUGCCGGACCAAGUUCAAAAGCCUUCAGAAAAGUUACCGAAAAGUAAGGAAUGGUCACAUGCUAGAACCCUGUGCCUUCUUUGAGGACAUGGAUGCCUUGUUAAACCCUGCAACCCAUACUUCAUCUACUGAUAAGCCAAAGGCCGUGAUCUCUCUCCCCAGACUAAAGAGAAUUGGUGUUAGUGCUAAAGAACAGGUCAGUUUGAUGGAGGAAGAAGGUGCUGAAGACUCGGAUAGUGAUGAAGUGGGCAUUGAGUUUAUACACAAGUCUGAAAUUCGUGCUGCCCCUGUCCUGUUUCAAAAUCUAAGUGGUGUGCACUGGGGCUAUGAAGAAACCAAGACUUUUCUGGAUAUCCUUCGUGAGACCCGGUUUUACGAAGCCCUUCAGGCCUGUCAUCGGAAGAGCAAAUUGUAUGGAGUUGUGGCUGAACAACUUCGAGAGUGUGGCUUUCUCCGGACACCAGAACAAUGCCGAACCAAGUUCAAAAGCCUUCAGAAGAGUUACCGAAAAGUGAAGAACGGACAUGUUCUGGAGUCCUGUGCAUUUUACAAGGAGAUGGAUGCCCUAGUUAACUGCCGUACACCUGCCCUUCCCACCGGCACCUCAGAGGAAACCCUGUCACUCCCAAGGCAAGAAAGAGGACAUAUUGAGGUUGAACCCCAAGAGCCUACAACCUGGGAGCCUGAGGAGAACUUACAGGAGGCAGUGUUAGAAGAUUCUGGAAGCGAGAGAAUGAGUGAGGAGGAAAUUAUAGAAGAGCCAGAACUCCAAGGACCUAUAGUCCUCCCACAAAGCCCAACUGAUUUUGAAAUUGGAAGUAAUAUUAAGGAGGACCCAACACAGGUAAUAUUUAAGGACACAGAGCCCCAUAGGGCAUUAAUAGAAAAGUCCAAAAGAUUUGUUUCCCAGAAUACCAACCCCAGUAAAUAUUGUAAAAGGGAAUGCAUCUCAGGAAGACAAUGGGAAAACCUUCAAGGAAUUAGACAGGGAAAACUGAUGUCUCAACCUAGAGAUACAGGGAAGGCUGUGGUGCAUCAGAGGCCUUUUGUGGGGAAGAGACCAUACAGACAUUUUAAAUAUGGAGAAAACUUUGGAAGGAGUGCUCGCCUCAUGUGCAGGAUGACCCACCAGAAGGAGAAUCCUUAUAAGUGUGGUGUCUGUGGAAAGUGCUUCGGUAGGAGCAGGAGCCUAAUCAGACAUCAAAGAAUCCACACUGGGGAAAAGCCGUUCAAAUGUCUUGACUGUGGGAAAAGCUUUAAUGACUCCUCAAAUUUUGGAGCCCACCAGAGAAUCCACACUGGAGAAAAGCCAUACAGAUGUGGGGAGUGUGGCAAAUGCUUCAGUCAGAGCUCAAGUCUUAUCAUCCAUCAGAGAACCCACACUGGUGAGAAGCCCUAUCAAUGUGAAGAGUGUGGGAAAAGCUUCACCAACAGUUCUCAUUUCAGUGCCCACCGCAGAGUCCAUACUGGAGAGAACCCCUACAGAUGUGGGGACUGUGAGAAGAGCUUCAACAACUGUACAAGAUAUCGAGAACACCAGCGAAUCCACGCUGGAGAGAAGCCCUACACAUGUGCCCAGUGUGGCAAACAUUUCAGUAAGAGCUCUUUCCUCGCCAAACACCGGGAAGUACACCUGAGAGAAAAGCUACUGCCGUACUCUCCCUCUGUGUAUGCCCCGGAGAACCUGCUGAAGGGGAAGAGUGAUGAGUUCAGGAAGGCCUUUUGACAAUGAGCUUCUCUUUCCACAUGCCCCUUUAGCUGUCUUAUCUUUGUCUCACUCUUGGAAACAAUCUUUUCUUAGCUAUAAAUUGCAGCUCCCAAGACAGGCCUGAGAAUAUAAAUAAGCUAGGAUUUCAUCUGUUCUCACCCAUUCUAAAGUGCUCAGUCUGUCUCCUGUGAGUCUUGACUAUUUUAAUAAAUGAGAUGAUAAGUUUUUUGAGUUGAGAAUAAACUUCUCACUAAAAUGUUGAGGCUAACUUCCAAAGCUGUCCCACAUGGGUGAGAGUUCUUUUCAAAUACAUGAAUGGUGAAAAGCUUUUGUGGUGUUAUCUAGCAUCCAUAUGAGAUCUUGGCAGCAACUUGACAAUGGAUUUUCAUCGUAUCUGGGUAGAACUUCUAGAAGUUUGAUCAGAACUAUAUCAGAUCCAUCUUGGUUUUGAGGGUACAAAAGGAAUGUGGAAGUUUUACAGCUGCCUUCAGAAGUCUGUAUUAAGAAGUUGAUCCAAAUAACUAGGAUUUAAUUCCCUGUGUUAUUACUGAAGGGAUGUUGCUAAUACCUUGUCUUCCACCAAGAGAAGCACUUGCUCACCCUUCAUCUCCCUCUCUGUUUCUGAAGACUUAAAUCCUGUGUCAGUUGCUUCUCUAGUGACAAGUAAUCCUUGUACUGUUCAUCAUAAAUCUGUACUUACCUCUUAAUUGUUCUGGGUGCUCUUGUCUGACUCUCUGGGCUACCUUGGCCCACUCAGAUGGGAGAGGAUGCAUGUUAGUGCUGUCUCAUUAAGAGACAAUCAGAUUUCAAAGCCUAGUUCUACCCAUCAUUUCUCUGACUCAACCUAGAGCAAGACCUACCAGUAUGUUGGCAGAUUUCAUAUUGCCUAUCUCUACAUUUCAGUGUACUAUAAUAGUGUUUCUAAAAGUUCAAGGCUGUAAGGAAGAAGGAGAUGAGACCUGAAGUACUCAAUGGACUCUUUAGGCCUGCUUUAGAUCAAAGAGCUACCUCAGUCCAGACUGCUUUCCAGGGUUGACUGUUAUACACCCUAGUCUCUGGUUCUGAAGCUUCUAGUUCCUGUUUGUAGGAUCUUAAACCUGACUGUAGAGCCCUAAAUAAUUGUACAGCUCUAUAGUUCACUCAGUGAAAGUAGAACUACUUAUAAACUUCCACUCUAGAGCAACACCUUAUUUUCCCCAUUUUCCUGUUCCUCUAGGGGGAAAAAAAAUGUCUUUGAAAAUCCCCUGGUAUUAAUCAGGUAUAUGUUGUCAGGAAGUUUCUGAUGGGGAAAUAGUUAACUUGCAUAGAAUUACAGAUGAAAUUCAGGAAUUUGAUCUUCCCAAAUCAGUUACUUGAAGAUGAGGCCUGUUGCAUUCAUACCUUUAAUACAUAGGUAACCCAGUGUAGCUUUGCUUUGGGGAGGGAGAAGUUCCAAGUAUAGUAGAAGGAGGACCAUAGUCAGGGCUGUUCCUAGGUUGUUCUCCUCCUGUAAGAUGCUCUCUUGUUGAAAACAUCUAGAGAUAAUUUGGUUUUGUUUUUGUUUUAUAAGACAGGGUUUCUCUGUGUAGCAUUGGCUAUCCUGGGUUCACUUUGUAAACCAGCCUGGCCUCUAACUCACAGAGAUCCACCUGUCUCUGCCUCCCUGCAUGCUGGGAUUACAGGCGUGUGCUAACAUGCCCAGCUAGAGAUGAUAUUUUUAUGUGAGUAUAUUUGAAUCUUUUGAGACCUGUUCAGCAAAGUAUCAAAGAGUGUAGACACUGUAAAAAGAAAAGCGCUUUAUGGUACCAACAUAGGAUAUAGCCUGUUGGAAGGCAAGUGACUCAGGUAAAUGCUGGUAACUGUUUGUGAUGCGUGUUUGUUGGAAAUGUUAUAAUUGCUGACAAUUAUAACAGUAGCUUAUUUCCUAUGUAUUGUCUGACUUAGAGACUUCUAAGGGUACAUGGAGCUUCAUGUUGGAACUGUGCCUAGACCAGUAAGAUUGUGUGGUGCCAGUGGGCUUGUGCUUAUAAUUGUGUAGAUGUUCUGAAAUUCCAGCUCUAGAAAAGAUGCACAUUAGUAUAAAUUGCCACUUAGAAACAUGUACACAGGAUUGAUAUUUAUAUGGAAGCAUGAUUCAGAACGUAGAUGACUUGUUCACCGAUAUUUAUGUACUGUUAUGUAUACAACCAUGUUGUAAUCACAGGAAUACAGAAUUAGUGGGGGCCAUGGUGGCUGUGCUCCAGCAAGGAAGUGUUACAGCAAGAUAUUCUAAUUAAGUCCAGGGUGAUGGUCAAUCACCCCAUCUGGAGGAAUUGCAGUCACAUCCUAAAGACUUUCUGUAAAUUGCAAAUAGAAUAUCAGUUUGGGCACUGCUGAUUGACAUACUCUCCCAGCAAAAGGAAAGAUCCAGGGCCUGAUAUGUCUUCACCACAAAGUGAUUGUCUCCUAUGUCUAAGACAUAGCUGGGGUGAGUUACCUACAAUCCUAAUCAUAAAAAAUGUUAGGAUGUGUGUUAAUCUAGUGGACCUUAUGUCAGUUUUUAAGAAACAGAUCUUCCUACCAUCAUAAACCAAGGUGCUUGUUUAUGUGUUUCUCUUUUGUCAGCGGAUGUGUGAGUUAGAAUGAGUGAUCACAUUAUGAGUAGUACAUCAUUACCACAUCUCUGUAAUGAUCCAUAGGUCUCAAGACCAAGGACUUCAAGGAGGAAAACAACAGGUUUGUUUGUUUGUUUGUUUUUAAGUCUUAUAAACACUGUGAUUUUUAUAACUUGCUGCUUCUCCAUUGCUGUUCUGGCUGCUGGAAAGCUCAACAGAACACCUCAACCAACUACCUACACCUAUUUAUUUGACUCUGUCAUAUUUCUUUGGAAAUUGUCUCAAGUCCUGUUUUUGAAUAAUGGUGUGUAUAUAAACAGAUUCUUUAUUUUCUGCCAUUCUGUCCAAGACAUUUUAGAAGCUGUGUUUGUAUUUCCCUCCUAGGCUUUCAUUGAUUUUCACA